GGAGGUGGGACUUGGAAGCUUUCCACAGAGCCUCAGCCUUUCUCUAUCGCAGAGAGUUCGGCACUUGCAGCCCUCCAAGUACUUUCAGGUCAAGCUGAGAAGGAGAGGGGGUAAUGGCUGCUUUCAAAUGCUUUAAAGACAUAAUUGCUCAAUUAUCACUGCACUGAAGGAAGGGGAGCAAGCACUGCUGCUGGUUUGCAAAUUGGUUUCUUUCCCUGUGCUGGAUGGUGCCUUUCUAAAGGAGAUUUCAUCAUGAUCGAUAGCUCCAAGAAGCAGCAGCAGCAGGGUUUCCCAGAGAUUUUACCCGUGGGAGAUAUCGAACCCUUGAAAGAGAAGGAAUGCCUUGAUGCAAACAGCCCGAAAAGUCUAAAGGAAGUACUUCAACUGAGGCUACAACAACGGCGGACACGAGAACAGCUGGUGGACCAGGGAAUCAUGCCACCUUUGAAGAGCCCGGCUGCAUUCCACGAGCAGAUAAAGAGUUUGGAAAGAGCCAGGACUGAAAAUUUUCUGAAGCACAAGAUACGCAGUAGACCAGAUCGAUCCGAGUUAGUCAGAAUGCACAUUCUGGAAGAGACGUUGGCAGAGCCUUCUCUACAGGCGACUCAGAUGAAACUGAAGCGGGCCCGGCUGGCGGAUGACCUGAACGAGAAGAUAGCUCAGAGGCCUGGCCCGAUGGAACUUGUGGAAAAAAACAUCCUUCCUGUUGACUCCAGCGUUAAAGAAGCCAUUAUAGCAGUUGGUCAGGAGAACUAUCCUCAGGCCUUGGAGGACUUCUCAUUCGACGAGGACAGCAGCGAUGCCUUGUCUCCCGAUCAGCCCGCCAGUCAAGAGUCCCAGGGCUCAGCCGCAUCCCCCGGGGAGCCCAAAGUGAGGGAAGCGCUGUCCCCAGUCACACCAGCCUCCUCUACUAACCAGUAUCUUCUGUUAGCAUCAUCGGUAUCUGAAUUUCUGCAGCCAUCUGCCACAGAUCUACACACUACACAGCCUGCAACUGCUGCUCCUCUUGCCACAAAUGCUGUAUCUACAGUGAAACACUGCAGUGGACCGACUCUGGUAAAGCAACCUCACCCCAAGAACCCAAGCGACAAGCCUCGGAGCAAGAAAUGCAAAGACCCCAAGCCCCGAGUGAAGAAGCUCAAGUACCACCAGUACAUCCCCCCAGACCAGAAAGGUGAGAAGACCGAGCCGCAGAUGGACUCCAAUUACGCCCGCCUGCUCCAGCAGCAGCAGCUUUUCUUGCAACUGCAGAUCCUGAGCCAACAGCAACAACACUACAACUACCAGACGAUUCUUCCCGCCCCGCUCAAGCCAGUGAGCGACAACCAGAGCACCAGUGGGAACGGACAACUGACUACUUUGAACAGUAGUACAUUGUCAACAGCGGCCAGCACUCCAAGACAGAACAAUGCUAUCUCCAAUAGAAAGCCAGGACCGCUGCCUCCUAGCCUGGAUGACUUAAAGGUGGCCGAACUGAAAAUGGAACUAAAGCUAAGGGGAUUGCCCGUGUCUGGAGCAAAAAUGGAUCUUAUUGAGCGUCUGAAGCCCUAUCAGGAUCUUAACAAUAAUUCUGUCGGCACAAGCAGCGCACCAGCCGCAACGACCUCCGCUAACAAUGCAAGCAAUCCCGGGGAAGUAGCUGCCGUAUUCCCUGCUGCUACAUUAAACAAGCCAGCGGCUACUUCCGUUCACUGCUUUCCUUCGGAAACCACACCUGCCGGAACUGGCAGCAAGCCGACGUACAUGGAGUGCCUCAGCUCCUCUCUGCCCAUUUCCCCGUCUCCUUCAGAGCAGUCGAACCUCAGCACCGACGACACUAACAUGGCGGACACUUUGACUGAGAUCAUGACCCUGAUGUCACCGCCGCAGCUUCCGGGCACGUCACCCACUAGAGCAUCUGCCAACGAAAACGGCAUCACCAACGGGAGCGCACCAAGCACGGAACUGGCAGCAGCCGAAAAGGACCGCAGGCUGAAAGAAAAAGAGAAGCAGAUCGAAGAGCUCAAGAAGAAACUGGAACAAGAGCAGAAGCUGGUGGAGGUGCUGAAAAUGCAGCUCGAAGUGGAGAAAAGGGGUCACCAGCAGCCCUCCCAGAUCCCCGCGAGUUCAGCCCCCAUUUUGAAUCGGAAGCACGCUGGCCCCGCAGUCAAAGAGGAACGGGCUUUAGCAGAUUGCUCUGAUGGGAGACAAUCCCUGCCCGAGGCCGGCCAAUCUUUGGGACAGCCCGCUUCAGCAGGAGUCCAGAAUCUCAUUGCCAAAAAGGCUCUUGUGAUCAAGCAGGAAGCUCCUCUGGCCAAAGUGGAGCCCCAGAACAUCAUAUCUCAGUUUUACGUAAGCUCGCACAGGCAGCCCCAGGCAGCCGUUGUGGCCCAGCCGCAGGCUGUCCUCACCGCACAAGGAACAGCCCAGCUGCUCUUGCCAGUCUCUCUCCAGGGUCCAAAUCCCACCACCUCAGUGCAGCUCCCCGUGGGCAGUGUCCAAGUACAGGCUCAACCACAGCCAGGAAUGCCAAGCAUGGCACAGAUAUCAACUUCUUCGAGCUUGGUCCAGAAGGUGCCACAGAUGCACGCUUCGUCCCCUAAACCAAACAGUCCCCAACAGCAUGUGCUUGGUCAGACACCGCAGAAUAGAAAGGUAUUUCCCUCUACCUCACCAAAUGCAGUGUUUUCCUAUCAAAAUCAGUCUGUGACAACUGUACAGCCAUUGUUUAGUCAGGCAUCAAGCACAACCGUUCACUCAGGAAACCAAGUUCCCUUGGUACAAAAUGGACCCAGUGGCCCUCAGAAGCCUGCCUCCCCACCUCUGUCCCAGCAGUACAGCAUACCGCAGCCUCUCUUCAGCCACUCAGUCACCAAGGUGAAAGACCCCCCACGCUAUGAAGAAGCCAUAAAACAGACACGCGGCAUGCAGACUUCUCAGCGAGAGAUGUCCAGUGCUCAUAGCCAGCAGAUGGAUGACCUCUUUGACAUUCUCAUUCAGAGUGGAGAGAUUUCCCUGCCUACCAAGGAAGAACCUUCUCUGAUUUCCAAAAUGAGACCAGUCACCGCCAACAUCACCACGAUGCCGGUGAACACCGUGGUGUCUCGCCCGCCACCGCAGGUCCAGAUGGCCCCUCCCCUCUCCUUAGAUUCCACAAGCAAUUUCUCUAUUUGCCUGGAGAACCAGCUGGAGGCGCUCUUGGAAGGGACUUUGCCCGCAGGGAAUGACAUGCCUCCCAUGGGAAGCGGCAACGAGGACAGAGAACCUUUCUCUCUCAUCGAGGACCUCCAAAACGACCUCCUCAAUCAUUCGGGCAUUAUAGACCAUUCGCAGUCGCCGAUGGAGACCUCCGAUUCGCAGUUCACUUCUACCGGUUCCUGUUUAUCUCUCGAUCUUCCAGACACAAAUUUAGACAACAUGGAGUGGCUAGAUAUCACCAUGCCAAACAGCUCGUCGGGGUUGACGCCUCUCAGCGCGACGGCUCCAAGUAUGUUCUCGACAGACUUCCUCGACCCCCAGGACCUGCAGUUGCACUGGGACUAACCACCGCAAAGGCCAAGCACAGGGGACCAUGGUUUUAAAAGUUCUCUUCACAGUACAGGUCCAUGGUUUCAUUAUCUUUACGUUCGGGAUCAUCUUUUAAAUGAUCUUUAGGGAUGAUUUUUUUUUUCCAACAUAAAAAGUGCUUCUAGAUAGUGAGGACAAAAAGAAAAAAAAAGAUUUGAGAAUGUUCCACUAAGAGAAAAAGCAUAAGAAGAAAGGUUUUGCAACCGCUGGAUGUUUUUAUCACUGGCAAGCAGUUGAGAGAGAUCGGAUCUCGGUGUGUUGUAGCAAGGACAGCAACGUCUGUUUGAGUAUAAAGCUUGAUGACACUGCACCCGACUGUUCCUGUGGACAGCCUGAGCCGCGCUUAAGAUGUAUUUUUGAAAGGGUCGGCUGGCAGAUUUUUAGGCACAGUCAAAACUGACUUAUGUUUUAGAUGUAGCUUCCUGAGUUUUUAAAGACAAGUCCACACACACACAAACCUGCAUGUACAUCCCGUAAGCCGUCAAUUUAAAAUCUCAAUUCAAUACUUUAAUAUGCAUCCAGGGGAAAUCUAGGAAGUGCCGUUGCAGACAUCACAAAUGCACAAUGGGCUGUGUGUUUUGGAAACAGGAAGUAUUUUUGCAAAUGCCUGCAGUUCACCUCUGACCGACAAGGUAUUUUCAGACCAUUAUUUGUAUAUUUACAACCAGUUGUUCUUCUAGACAGGGCUACCUCCUAAGAUCUAGACAAAUAGCUUAUAUAAUUUUAUCUGAACAUUACUUUUUUGGGGGAGGGGGAGUCUGCAACACCUUUUUUCCUCUCACACCUCUGAAUUUCCCACUUUUUAAAAAUUUCAAGUGAUCAGUAUAAAUGACAAGUGCUCCUUCUCCCUGAUGUAAUGGCUUACAUUAAAACAAGUGCU